CUUUGAAUUGAACAUGCAAUGUAAAAUCUUAUAUAUACGUAGCUCACGCAUUGAUUUAAAUGUCAUGGUUCAACUAUUAAGUAAGGUGUAACUCAUAUCCGCAACAAUGCUGUUUACACUGUCACCUGUAAUACAACACAAGUGUACUAAACGCAAGCCGAACUGAGCGGCAAUGACGAUUAUAAUAAUAUUUGUGCAUAUUCAUCGCGGAUGACUGUUCAAAAGCGCGCGGAGAAGCGGAUAUGCUUAGCGUAGGAGUCAACGCUCGGACAGCAAUUAACGACGUCGUCGUUGUCGUCGUCGGGUUCAUCGCACCGCGCAGCAAUGACGACGUCGCAGGUGCAUGGACUCGCCGUGCUGCGCUCGUCACCGCCAGACAGAAUCGACGUGCGCGAUUGAUCGAUGCCGUAGCGCGAUGCGCGCGAGGCCGUGCCGUCGUGCGACAACCGAGACGUUAAUUAAGCCGCCGUCAUUCGAGUAAGACAAGCGCGUGUAUUCCGCGUGAAACACGCUUCUUUCGCGUUAUCUCGAGCGAGUGCGAAAAGCAGAGAAGAAGACGUAGAGAAAGAGAGAGAGAGAGAGAGAGGUGAGACGGCAGAGUAGACGGUAAAAGCGAAUUAAAUUCCUGCGCUCGCGCUGCCGCACAAUACCGGAACUGCAGCCCGAUAAACCGUCCGCUUCUCCGGUGGUGCGCGGGGACGGGAGUAUGCGAUCGCGUGUGUUCAAGAGAGACGGAUAGGAGGGCGGGAGCGGCGUGCAGGAGAGAGCGAGAGAGAAAUAGAGUGAAACGGUUGAGAGGGUUAGAUGGGGGAGGGAGUACGUUUCGAUAGAGCGAGCGCGAGCGCAGCGACGAGGAAUCCGGAGUAGGUACGACCGAUCGGGUGGUGCGUGUGCUGUUUGUCGCGGGUGGAGCAAAGCACAAGUGCACGAUGGACGAGUGCAUGCUGAACGACUUGUUGGAGUGCUCGGUAUGCCUGGAGCGGCUCGACACGUCCAGCAAGGUGCUACCGUGCCAGCACACGUUCUGCAAAAAAUGCCUGGAGGAGAUUGUGAGCACCCACCGUGAAUUGCGAUGCCCGGAGUGCCGAGUACUCGUGGAUGCAAAGGUGGACGACCUGCCGCCGAAUGUGUUGCUGAUGCGUAUCCUUGAGGGGAUGCGCAACGCUGCGCCGAAGAAUCAAGUCAAAUCCGCGUUAUCGUCAAGGUCUUCCGGCGGCACCGCGGUGCCACAGCGGUUGUUCGGCGGCCACCAGGUCGCUCCGGCGCCGAUAGUGACCGGCAAUCUCGCUCCUGCCGUCGCAGUUGCUUCAGAACCGACGAUACGACAUUCCAAUGCUGCUGCUAAGCAGGCACAUUUACACAAUCAGGCAUACGGAAGGGCGAUCUACGAUUAUGUCUCCAAGGUGCCAGGUGAUUUGAGUUUCAAGAAGGGUGAUAUAGUCAUUCUUCGGAAGAAAAUUGAUAACAACUGGUACUAUGGAGAGUGUGGCAAUAAUCAUGGUGUCUUUCCUUUGUCUUAUGUUCAGGUAAUGACACCUUUGACACCACAUGUGCCCCAGUGCAAAGCAUUAUACGAUUUUAGAAUGACAAAUGACGAUGAAGAUGGCUGUUUAACUUUUAACAAGGGAGAAGUUAUCAGUGUCAUCAGGAGAGUAGACGAGAAUUGGGCAGAGGGUAAACUUCUGGACAGAAUCGGUAUUUUUCCAUUAGCUUUUGUGGAGCUGAACAGUGUCGCUAGAGCUUUGAUGAAACUCUCUACCAAUGUACAGCCAGGGCCGUCAAGAGUAGCCCCGCCAACUCCGACGAACGAAGAAACCACGCCGCUGAUACCGACUGAUCACUCGCGCAAUGUGCAGACUACGAGCCAACCGCGACCGCAACUGGCACAGAAUGCUGCAUUACCAGUGUCUGAUUCCGUCUCAAACGUUUCGUCGGGUGGCAGUUCUACGACCACCACUCCGAACACACCCAACAGCUCGACCACGUCCAGUAGCUCCAGCACUGCGCCGAGCAGUCCUGGCAGCCCCGCAACGUCACCGCCCGCCGUUGGCAACAGACAUAACGUUAAACGUCAUAGUUUCACUGCCAUCAAUACAGGUCAUCAUUCUCAUCCGCAUCAUAGACAUAGCGCUGAAAUACUUAGUCCUCCGGUAGACAGUGCUCCUAAUAACGCCAAUAAUAGCGGAGGCAAUGAGUCAUUUUCCCAAACCAGCAGCAGUUGCACGGAUCAUAAUCUACGUCACAGACGAAGCGGUAGCAGCGAUCUCGUUCUCGCCCAGCCAUCUCAAAGCGCACCAGCUAAUCAGACGUCCAGCGCGUCCGGCGUGACGCAUUUACCAGCCGCGUACAUAGCGCUGUAUCCGUACAAACCGCAGAAAGCGGAUGAGCUUGAGUUACGAAAAGGCGGGAUUUACAUGGUGACGGAACGCUGUCAGGACGGAUGGUUCAAAGGAACGUCCAAUCGCACGCAGAAGUGCGGAGUUUUCCCGGGAAAUUACGUCGCACCCGCCAAAUGUCAACGUGGGCUGUGUCGCGGAUCUCCAAACUCGCCGAGCCAGCAUCAAGGCUCGCCGUUAUCGAAUGCGGUAUCGAACGCCGAGUCCCGCUUGGCCAUCACGUACACGAAGAGCAAAGGGCCCGCGCCGCAGCCGUACAAUCCUCGCACAUUGCCGCCGCCUGAAUUACCGCCGCGCGCCAUCAGCCCCUCGUCCACGACCGUGUCUUCGUCCUGGCAUGGUGCCGCUCAGCAGAAUCAAGGAGCAAAUCAGGAAACUAGUCCGCCUCGGCAUAACGAUCCAAACACGGCCACCAAUCAACUCGGGCGCAGUCAUAGUGCAGUGAUGACGUCAAAUAUCCCUUCCCCUGGAAAACAAAUUGCAUCAUCGCUGCAACCGGCAGUGGGUAUCAAUAGCGUUAACAAUGGCUGUAGUGCUACCAUUGCCGCUCCUUCUUCCUCCGCAAGCGAUAUGAAUAGAAGCCCGAAUAGUACUCUGCGAGGUGGUAUCCCAUCUUCCAAUGCAACUGCGGCUGCAUCCAGAACUACGGAAAAGACAAAGGAAAAAAAGGACAAGUGCGUUUCCCUGAUGCGUCGCUUGACCAAUAUUAAAAAAUCCAAAUCGCCUCCACCCACGACAUACUCGAUGGAUAAUCCUGUGUUUGACGACGGCAAUUCUGUCAAUCCGAUGCACGUUCGAUCGGGAUCUUGCCCAAGUCAAUUGCUACAGGUGCCUACACAGGAAUUAAACGCUUCAAACAACCAACACCGCUUAUGUCCAGGCUCUGUGCAAGGGCACGUCACAUCCUCACAGAGACUGAAAUACAAGGAGAGACCCUCCUUGCCAGUGUCAAUAAUGCAAAGAUCUAGUGAAUCCGGUGCAAUGGUAUGUGCGACUGUUGGAAAUCAUCAUCGUAAGAGUAAUUCUUUAGAUGCUGGAAUGGGAAAGCAAACAAAACAACCGUCGUCGCGCGAUCGUGAUCGGGUGUAUAGAUUUCGUUGUAUCGUACCGUAUCCUCCCAAUAGCGAAUUUGAGCUGGAGCUUCGCGUUGGAGACAUAAUUUAUGUACACAAAAAGCGCGACGAUGGAUGGUACAAAGGUACACAGCAGCGCACUGGUCGAACGGGACUAUUUCCAGCAAGUUUUGUGGAAGCUUUCUGAGACCCGACGCAAAGUCGCUUAGUGUUAGAAACUUGUAUAUAACUUGGCCUUUAUGUAAGUAUCAUAUUACAUGAUAUAUUCGAAGCCCUCAGGUUGGAAUUAAUGAAACUUAUAUGUGCGGCACGCAUCUGCAUGCAUUUCGUUGCCGGUUUUUUGUAGAAUAUUGAAUUCAAAUCGAUUAUUUGUAUGUACACGUAUAUUAGCGCACGGCUAUUAUAUGCGUGAUUCAGAUCGUGCAAUAUAAUGAAUACUAUAAUGUGCGAGAUUGUGCAAUGGCAAGAAAAUCGGCGACAAAAUACUAUGCUAUGUGUCGAGAACUUAAUAGAAUAUAUGCCGCAUAUAAUAAGUGACUGAUGUACGUCGAGUUAAUGGAUGCAUUCACGCGAUGAAUAUAAUAGAAGAUUUUAGCGCAAAAUAAUCAUACUUUACGUAUAGAUACGCAAGAGAUGACAAAGGGUUGUAUGAUCAUGACAUAAUGUGCAUAUUGAAAUUACUCAAAACUUAUACUGCCAUUGGAAUAAUGUAAGCUGGUUCAAUUGUAAUCAGAUAAUAAGUUCAUUAUUUGCGUAACGUUACUGCCAUUUGUGUGCGAAACGUAAAAGAAAAGAUAUUGGUCUCCCGUUUUAAGUUGUUGAUUUCCAAAAAAAAUUAUUUACUGUCUUUUUAAUGCACAUAACAUUUUAACAUUUUUAAAGGAGAAAUCAUAUUAAUUAUAUAAUCACCAAACAUACGUAAAGUCGUUCAUGACACGUAAUUGAAAAUAAGAUUAUGGAUUAGAUAUUAUUGCCAGUCGAUAUUUAUCUGACUUUAAUUUUCAUUUCAUAAUCAAGUAUCGGUGAUUAUAAGUGAUCGGCUUGUUUGUCGAAUUUACGCACUAUGCUUAUACUAUAAAAAAUAUUUUGUAAAUUUUUUACAUUAUUUUGGAGUAAAGCAUGUUUCUAUCACUUUAUUAUCUGAUUAAAUAUUUUUACUUUUUUUAUAUUUUUUAUCUAAUUUUAUUUAUUGAGUUUAAUGACACUUGUGAGUAUUCAAUGUAAUAUUUUACAAAAAAUUUUUUAUUGAACUUUUAUAUCAGUUUUACAAAAGAAAAAAAAAUAAUACAUAUGAAGGUCACAAAUAGGCAGUUAUAUGAGCACAAAUGUUUUAUUAACAUUGUUUAAGACUGGAAUAUAUUUUAAAUUGUUGAUCGUAAGAAAGCGUCUUUUUUUAACAGGCGUAUCUAUUAUAUAUGCCAUAUAAAGAUUUUGUUUUAAUGAGCAGUCCAGAUUGUUAUAGAUAGUUUAGUUAAGAUUUGGCUAAGAAGCCAUUUGGAGGAUGGCCUUGAUACGCGCGAUGUUGAUGUACUAUAUACUUCGUAUAUAUAUAUAUAUAUACACUAUUUUAUAUCUGAACUUAUAACUUGUUUUUUAAUUUAUAAAGUUAUUAACUAUCUAUGAUAUGUGACAAAGAAUUAGUUAUUUGGCUAAUUAGAGAUAAAUAUGAAAAAAUCCAAAUAAAUUAAAAAGUGCUUCCAUAUUGUAUGAUUAGUGAUCAGUAUUUCGAAUUUUGUUACGUUCUUCAGUUUUAGUAAUUGUAUACAAUUUUGUACAGUCGGUUUUUAUAAAUCUUUAUACUGUUUUACGCUGUUGAAAAAUACGUUAGUCUGCUUACGAUUAUCAUUGAAUUAAUUUCAAUUAUCUUCUAGAGUUUAUAUUUAAGCCGCAUGUGUACCUAAUUUCGAUGUGUUGUUCUAUCAUUAUUCACAUGAAGCUAGUGUACAUACAGUACGCGUGUAUAGAUAUAUAGAAAAAUGUUUGUACAUAUAUUUGUAAUGCUCAAUUCAUAUUUACGCAUAUAUAAUUCUACAUAUAUAUAUAUAUAAUUCUACAUUUAUACAUAAGUUUAGACAUGUGUAUUGCACAAGUCCGGAUGAAGGUAUAAAACACAUGCGCUAUAAUUUCGAUCACAUAUGUAUACGCGUAUAUACUCCGAGGACAUAUUUAUAUUUAUAUUAAUUAUGAAUAUUUAAUGAUGCACUUGUACAUAACCAUAAUUUUACAGCAACUUGAUAUCGUAGAAGUCUGCAGAUGUCGUAUCAUUUAGCUAGAGGCGAAAUCCAAUGUACAACGAAUAUUGUAAUAAAAAAAAAACAUAUAGCAUUGCACGAAAUAUUGUAAAGGCAAAAGUAUAUAUAGCGUAUAUGCAGAAAUCGUUCACCUAGAGCUCUCUAUAAUUAGAAUUUUAAUUUUGCACAUAAUAUUUUAACAUUUUUAAAAGAGAAAUUAUAUUAAUUAUAUAAUCACCAAGCAUACGUAAAGCCGUUCAUGACACGUAAUUGAAAAUAAGAUGGAUUAGAUUAUGGAUUAGACAUUAUUGCCAGUCGAUAUUUAUCUGGCUUUAAUUUUUAUUUCAUAAUCAAGUAUCGCUGAUUAUAAGUGAUCAAUGAAAUCACACACGAUAUACGCACAUUGUUAGUUUUAUAUCAUAUCGUCAUAAUUGAUUGACAUACAACAUAUGAAAUAUAGCAAGUGUAAUCGUGACAUCUGCAUAAUCCUACGAUAUGAAAAGUCUGUUGUCUUUAUUGAAAUGCAAAGCGAACGAUGAUUUGUGUUACGAUCAUGCAACAAUCGCAGAAAGGAUAAAACGUCCAUUUCUGUUCUUCGAAAUCAGCAAAAAAAAAAAGUAUUGUCUGUAACCUGCGAACGAAUGCGCUGGUUAUCAAAUCAUAGAGACAAAAUAAAAAAGAAAAUUAUCGUAAUCGAUAAGAAUAAUGAAACUUAUUGAAGUGGCAAGUGGAAAGUGUGACUUAGAGAUAUCGAACGUCUAUAUACGCAUAUGAAGAAAAAAUGUAAUUUUAUAGUUACUCGUCUGGAUGGAAGAUGUGCGUGGCUGGAUAUAUUUUUUUAUGUAUCAGUCACUUCGGGGACAAAAAAAAAAAAAGGAAACCGAUCGACCGUAGGACCGAAUUUAAUCGCAAGUCUAGAAUUACGGUAGUGAGGAAAAAAAUAUAUCUCUUACACUCUUAUGCGAGGGGCCACACUGGGCAUGCUGUAAUAAAUUCGGCAGUCUACUAGUAAUGCGAUAGAAAUCGAAGGAACGAUAGGAAAUAAAAAUUAAUAUAUAAUAUAUAUAGGUAUUUAUAUGCAAAAAAAAAACAACUUGUCUGUUUGUGUUCAUGCAAACCGUUCGAAUAUUACGAUACUCUAUCGAGUUUGUAUCAUUCAAGUUAUUAAUGUUGUACGCACAAUGUAUUCAAUAUUUUGCAUUUCGAUCGUGCAUAUCCACUUCUGACAAAUGUGUACGGAUUUUCGUACGAUUUUUUUAUAUCUCCUCGGUACUUCAAUCUCCGUGAGUUUUUUGUCGACGAUUGAACUUAUACGAUUGACUUCCUUAUGUUACACGUAGAGCGAAUUACAUAGCGACUAUUUAUACAUGCAUACAUACGUACAUACAUACAUACAUAUGUGUGUUUUAUAUGACGUACAGUUAGGUAAUUUAUUACUAAUGUCCGUAAUGGCUUGUAAAGCAGGUACUGUUAAGUUGUGGGCGAUAUAUCAGACCGACUCUAACGAGGGAUUAAUUUAUACGCCAUUCUGCAUUACGCUUUUUACUACGUCAUCAUUGUGCGCGACAAAAAACCACGUGCGAUGCAAUCAUUACGUAGUGCAAAGUCUUUCGCAUACUAUUAUCAUUGAUUUAACAUCGUUGCCUGUUUGUUUGCCGCUAUGAUCUUUUACGUUAAAGCAGCGCGUAAUUUGGAACGGCAGUAAUUUUAAAUCAAUGUUUGCGUAUGUGCGAAUGUUUUUAUAAGUUGUAAAUAAAUUAUUGUGAAACCUGACAUCGCCGUGUCGGUAAAAAUUUUGUCAACAAGGUUACACUCUCGUAUAACACGUAGGAGCAAUGGCUCUCUCGCGUUUCGCACUUCGAGUCGAAAUACGUCUAGAUUGCAAAACUGGUACACAUGUAGCGUAGAAUGUAAAAUAAGGAUCCGAGUCAAGAGCCUUCGUUUAGACCAAAUGUGUUUCUAGCACUUCUUUCGUAAGGGGAAACUUAGAAUAGUCAUUAUAUACCGAUUACUAUGUUUACACGCUACUUACGCUACUCGGUAUUUUGUCACUAACAUAAUGAUGUUCCAACAAGUCUAUGUCGAUGUCGUGUCCAAGCGUAAUUUACACAUAUACAUAGAUAUCGUUUAAUAUUUAAAUAGCAUAUGAAGUCUGUAAUAAAAUUCUUCACAUGGCUAUCACAAAUGGCGAGUGUAUAUUACUGAGAGAAAGAGAGCGAGAAAUAUUUUGCCUUCUCAUUACCAAGUCAAAAUCAUUUCUAUUCGUUAUAUUUUAUAAAAAUUAGUUACUAUCAUAUUGCGAAUCAUAAAUAAUCUAGGCUGAAUCAUAAAUAAUCAUUGCAAUGGAAAAUCAGCAAUUAAUAUAACGUUUUUGUAUAUUGAA